AAGUGAUCGGCAAGUGGAGACACGUUGAAGAGGAAAGUGGUUUUGCGAAAGGGACAAAGCAGCAGUAAACGAUGAUUAUGGUUGUUUCAAGGAAAUAGAGAGGGUGGUACUAUUUUUUCACAAAUUGAAGCACGAAAUACACUUUUAUGCGGAUCAAGAGGGUGUAUACAUGUGUAUAUAAAGGUCUCUGCUAUCACCCUCUCCUCCAUCAAUCCUUUGUGUGUUUCGUCUGUUGCUUUGAAGGAUCUGCGUUCACCCUGUUCAUCAAUUUUCUUUGUGUACAUUUUCUGGCAUUACAAGAGACCUUUGUUUUUGUUCGCUUGAGAAGCUAUGGCUACUGAACGAGUUCUCACUCGCACUCACAGCAUCCGUGAGCGUCUCGAUGAGACUCUCACUGCUCAUCGCAAUGAAAUCGUUGCCUUACUUGCUAGGAUCGAAGCGAAGGGGAAAGGAAUACUUCAAAGUCAUCAAAUUAUUGCUGAAUUUGAAGCAAUUCCUGAAGAGAAUAGAAAGAAACUUCUAGAGGGAGCAUUCGCUGAAGUUCUGAAAGCUGCACAGGAAGCUAUUGUUGUUACUCCAUGGAUCGCUCUUGCUUUGCGAACAAGGCCUGGUGUGUGGGAGUAUCUACGUGUGAAUGUACACGCACUUGUUGUUGAGGAGUUGCGUGUCGCUGAGUAUUUGCACUUCAAGGAGGAACUUGUUAGUGGAACAACUAAUGGAAACUUUGUGCUGGAGUUGGAUUUUGAGCCAUUCAAUGCAUCAUUCCCUCGAUCAACUCUGUCGAAGUCGAUUGGCAAUGGUGUCGAGUUCCUUAACCGUCACCUUUCGGCUCAAUUGUUCCACGGCAAAGAGAGUAUGCAGCCUGUGCUUGAUUUUCUCCGAGUUCACAGUCACAAAGGAAAGACGAUGCUGCUGAAUGACAGAAUUCAAAACCUGAAUACUCUGCAACAUGUUCUGAGGAAGGCAGAGGAGUAUCUGCAAACUGUAGCUCCUGAAACACCAUAUUCUGUUUUUGAGCACAAGUUUCAGGAGAUUGGAUUGGAGAGAGGGUGGGGUGACACCGCAGAGCACGUGUUCGAGAUGAUUCAACUGCUUUUGGAUCUUCUUGAGGCACCUGAUCCUUGCACUCUAGAGAAAUUCCUUGGCAGAAUUCCUAUGGUGUUCAAUGUCGUCAUUCUUUCUCCUCAUGGUUACUUUGCCCAAGACAAUGUUUUGGGGUACCCUGACACCGGUGGUCAGGUUGUGUAUAUAUUGGAUCAAGUUCGUGCAUUGGAGGAGGAGAUGCUCAAUCGGAUUAAGCAACAGGGGCUCGACAUCAAGCCCCGUAUUCUCAUUAUCACUCGUCUACUGCCCGAUGCUGUUGGCACCACAUGUGGUCAGCGUCUAGAGCGAGUAUACAAUUCAGAAUAUUCUGAUAUCCUUAGGGUUCCUUUUAGAACUGAGAAAGGCAUUGUCCGCAAAUGGAUCUCCCGCUUCGAAGUCUGGCCUUAUCUGGAGACUUUCACCGAGGAUGUUGCCACUGAAAUUGGAAAAGAGCUGCAGGGCAAGCCUGAUCUGAUCAUUGGAAAUUACAGUGAUGGCAACAUUGUUGCCUCUCUGUUAGCACACAAAUUGGGUGUUACUGAGUGUACCAUUGCUCAUGCUUUGGAGAAGACAAAGUAUCCGGAAUCUGAUAUUUACUGGAAAAAAUUGGAUGAGAAAUACCACUUUGCAUGCCAAUUCACUGCCGAUCUUAUAGCUAUGAACCACACUGAUUUCAUCAUCACCAGUACAUACCAAGAAAUUGCUGGAAGCAAGGACACUGUUGGUCAAUAUGAGAGUCACACUGCUUUCACUCUACCUGGUCUCUACCGUGUUGUUCACGGUAUCGAUGUCUUUGAUCCGAAAUUCAACAUUGUUUCCCCUGGUGCUGACAUGGGCAUAUACUUCCCUUACACGGAGGAGAAGCGUAGGCUGAAACAUUUCCAUGCUGACAUUGAGGAGCUGCUUUUCAGCCCUGUUGAGAAUGAAGAGCACUUUUCUGUGUUGAAGGACCGCAACAAGCCAAUCCUCUUCACAAUGGCGAGGCUUGACAAGGUCAAGAAUUUAACUGGACUUGUCGAAUGGUACGCAAAGAAUCCUCGCCUAAGAGAACUGGUUAACCUUGUUGUGGUUGGUGGCGACCGAAGGAAGGAAUCAAAAGACAUAGAAGAGCAGUCUGAAAUGAAGACAAUGUACAGUCUGAUUGAGAAUUACCACUUGAAUGGCCAGUUCCGAUGGAUUUCUUCCCAGAUGAACCGUGUUAGGAACGGUGAACUUUACCGCUACAUUGCGGACACAAAGGGAGCUUUUGUUCAGCCUGCUUUGUAUGAAGCUUUUGGACUUACUGUUGUUGAAGCCAUGACUUGUGGACUGCCAACGUUUGCCACUUUACAUGGUGGACCUGCUGAGAUUAUUGUCCAUGGAAAAUCCGGCUUCCACAUUGACCCUUACCAUGGUGAACAGGCUGCUCAAACCCUUGUCGAUUUCUUUGAGAAGAGCAAGGUUGAUCCCACUUAUUGGGACAAGAUUUCCAAGGGAGGCCUUCAGAGAAUCCUAGAAAAGUAUACUUGGCAAAUCUAUUCUCAGAGGCUAUUGAACCUGACUGGAGUUUAUGGGUUCUGGAAACAUGUUUCACACCUUGAUCGCCUUGAAAGCCGUCGCUACCUUGAAAUGUUUUAUGCUCUCAAGUACCGCAAGCUGGCUGAAUCUGUUCCUCUGGCUGUUGAGGAGUAAAAGGAAGUAGGAGGAAGCUCAGCGUCAAUGUAUGAUAUAUGAGGUUUUAUAAAUAACUCCCAAUUUUGGGAUUGUGACUGAACAAAGAGUUCAAUGAAUUAUGGCUUUUUUUUUUUUUUCUGGCUUUUGUCAAUUUCUCGGCUUUGUUUGAACUUGGAUGUUGAGCUCUAUCAAUUUCAGUAAAGUUACAUA